AGUAGGACGGUUGUUUUAUAAAAGUCUAUUUUAUUAGCCUCUAAUACAGAGAACCAACAGCUAUAACAGUGCGUCUCAAUGCAGAGAAUGUGAAGGAAUCCCUCUCCUUAGUUUGAUCAAGACGGACCUACAUUUUCUAUUUUUAUUCCUCAUCAUCACUUCGGAAUAAUCUUUUUGGAAUACAAUGUUAUAAAAAUCCUUCUGCGGACCAGGCUCCGAGUCCAAUGUGAGCCCGCUCCUGGACGGCGUUAGAGAGUCUCCACAGUGAGCCCGCUCCUCGACGGUGUUAGAGAGUCUCCACAGUGAGACUGGACGGGGUUAGAGAGUCUCCACAGUGAGCCCGCUCCCUGACGGCGUUAGAGAGUCUCCACAGUGGGUGAGCCCGCCCCUCGACGGUGUUGGAGAGUCUCCACAGUGAGCCCGCUCCUCGACGGUGUUGGAGAGUCUCAACAGUGAGCCCGCUCCUCGAGAGAGUCUCCACAGUGAGUCCGCUACUCGAAGGUGUUAGAGAGUCUCCACAAUGAGCCCGCUGCUGGACGGGGUUAAAGAGUCUCCACAGUGAGACUGGACGGGGUUAGAGAGUCUCCAAAGUGAGACCUGGACGGUGUUGGAGAGUCUCCACAGUGAGACCUGGACGGGCUUAGAUAGACUCCACACAGAGAGCCUCCUUCUUGACGGUAAAGUUAGUGGCACUAGUAGUUUCCCUUGGUCUGCUUGCACUGAGGCUCCUCGCGCUUCAAGAGGCAUCGCAGCAGGAGCACGCACCCUGGACCCGAUCGCUUAAAAAGGACCGUCACUGAACCAGACGUGUGGUGUGUGACUGACAGGCUAUCCCCUGUAGAUACGGCUGAAGUCCGGAGAGAAUGAAGUGUCAGCGGGUGAAGUAUGAGAGGUCAGGGAAUCGGUCCUAUUAGACUGCUGUCUGCGGCGCCCCUGUGGACCGCGUUCAGCCUCUGGCUCAGCUGCUGGAGCGGCGCCGGGGGAGCGGGGACCGCCGGGACCAGCGAUGGCCUGCCAGGAUCCACGGGCUGGCUGCUAUCGGAUAAAGGUCCCUUUCACCAGGCUCCGGAGUUCGCUGAGUCCGUCGAUAGAUACCAACAGGGCUUCAGCACCAGAUACAAAAUCUACAGGGAGUUUGGUCGAUGGAAGGUCAACAGUCUGGCGCUGGAGAAGUCGGGCGGCUUGGGGGGGCGGGGGGCUCCCGCGCCGCCCCUCGACCCUGAGUUUGCGCAGGCAAUCCGCCGGUUGGGUCGGCGGCCAAGCCUCCAGACCAUCACCGACAACAUCAUCAGGAAGUAUGGGACGCACAUCAUCCUCUCGGCGACACUCGGAGGGGAGGAGUCUCUGACCAUAUUUGUGGACAAGAGGAAACUGAGCCAGGAGUCUUCGUCGGCAGGAAGUGAGUUCACCGGCGGUGGGCACGGGGUCAACACCACAGGUCCCGUUACCCUGGAGACCUUGUAUCAGCUGGCCGCCUCCUACUUUACGGACAGGGAGAGCACCUUGCGCAGGCUGCACCACCUCCAGAUCGCAUCGACCGCCAUACGGGUGACCGAAACAAGAACGGGGCCUCUUGGAUGUAGUAACUAUGACAACCUGGAUACGGUGAGCUCGGUGCUGGUGCACAGUCCGGAGAACAAGGUUCUGCUUCAAGGAAUGCAGAUGGUCCUGCCACCCUACCUGAGAGGGCGCUUCAUCCAGGCUGCCCUCAACUACAUCGGCUGCAAGUCUAGAGGCCAGUUCGUGUGCCGGGCCAGUGACUGCUGGUGCCAGUGCAGCGCGGCCUUCCCCCAGUGUAACUGUCCCCUGGCGGACCUGCAGGCCCUGGAGGCCAGCCUGCGGGGGAUCAGGGACGCCUGGACCCUCAGCAACCUGGAGUUCCAGCAAUCUGACGAGUUCCAAGGCUUUGUGGGAAACUUGCCAGCCCAUCAUGCUGUAAACACUACCGUGGUGGAGCAGUUGUGGAGAUCGAAUGCCGGCCUACUGCAGCGCUACAGACACCUCAAGGCUAGCGGCGAUCAGCUAUUCAGUAAAGCGCGGCGCGCGGCUAACAAGCUCUUCAGCCUCAGCAAGAGGUGCCGAAAGCAGCCAAGAAUAGUCCUUCAGAGGGAGAGGUCUCUGCGCUACUGGCUGAACCACGUGCUGUCCCUCCUCUACUGCAGUCAGAACAACCAGGUGGGGGUGUACAGCGAGGCCAGCCACAGCUGCUCCUGCCCCCACCAGCCCUCCUCCUGCCAGGGCCCCGUCCCCUGCUCCCUGGGCGAGGGCCCCCUCUGCACCUCCUGCUCCGCCGAGAACCGCACGCGCUGCUCGGCCUGCAACGCCGGCUUCACCCUGACCCAGGGCACGUGCCGGCCGGCCGUGCCCGACCCCACGGAGCCCUGCCUGGGCCUGGAGAGCGACCGCGACCUGCAGGACCUGGAGCUGCACUACCUGCUCCAGCGCGGCGACCCGCACAUCAUGCUCCACGGCGUGUUUGUCAGCAACGACGUGCGCCUCGACGCCUGGUUCGACCCGUCCUGGAGGAAGCGCAUGCUGCUCACGCUCAAGAGCAACCGGGUCAAGUCCAACCGGGUGCACGUGCUCCUGGGCCUGGCCGUCACGGUGUGCCUCACCCGCAACAGCACCGUGGAGCCCGCCUUCUCCCUGUUCGUCAACCCCUUCGGCGGCAGCCACUCGGAGAGCUGGACCAUGCCCAUCGGCCAGCACGGCUACCCCGACUGGGAGCGCACCCGGCUGGAGACCCCGUCGGACUGCUACAACUGGACGCUGACUCUGGGGAACCGCUGGAAGAGCUUCUUUGAGACGGUGCACUUCUACCUGCGGAGCCGGGCCAGGGAGGCCGGGAUGGCGGGGGCCUCGGCAGCCGGGACACCCGGAGGGGGCACGACGGAGCCCCCGGGCGGCAGCACCAUAGGCUACAUGAAGGUUAAGAGCAUGCAGCUGCUGGGGUACAGCGUGCACUUCGACCCAGAGGCCAUCCAGGACCUGGUCCUGCAGAUAGACUACCCGUACACCCAGGGCUCCCAAGACUCAGCCCUGCAGCAGCUGGUGGAGCUGAGGUUCAGGGUGAACCGCCUGUCCCCGCCGGGAGGGCUGCACGCCGACCUGUUCUCCUGCCUGCUCCGCCACAGACUCAAGCUGUCGGCCGCCGACGUGGCCAGGAUCCUCUCGGCCCUGCAGGUGUACCGCGCCAGACAGCCCGGCUACGUGGAGUACGAGCCCACCAAACUCUGUAGCUAGGGGCCUCAGUACCGCGUGCCCAUGUUUGUUUUUUUGUAUUGUUGUUAAAGUGGAUCAAUCAGGCUCAGCUAUUUUCUAAUGUAAGACGGUACUGCCUAAUACACACGUUGUGAAAAAAAUCCCUGUCUGCAACAUCAACUAUCCGAGAAAGAUGGGUCCAAUGUUUUUCCCCUGUAACAUUGGCUCCUCAGAAGGCUGUGGCGUAGCUGGAACCCUUCUGUUCAGCUGGCUCCAUCUGUGUCCCCACUGUGUGUUUUCUGUAAGUAUACUGUGCAAUUAAACUGGAUGUUGUUUUUAUCACUCACAAGUUAUAGCAGCGACUUAUUGUAGAUUUUCAAUUGGAGAACCAUGAACAAGAAACGCAUUCAGUCAUCGAUAUUUAGUCAUUGCUACACGAACAGAAAUAUUCUCUAUGCUCCACCAUGACUCAUUCUUCAUUCCACCUCUCUGAAUCUUUCUCUCAUGCUGGCCAUCCAUCUCACUAGAGUUAUAGUCGGUGGAUUGUUGUUGAGUUCAGCCCAUCUGGAGCUUCACAACACAAGGUCUCAUUCUUCAAACAGAGUGGUGGUAGAGAGGGGAGGGGGGGAGAGAAGCCUUGGCACGGAUUACCAAGUAUGUAAAAGACUGGGUGAAAUUGCGCCUGCUAGCGUAGCUGUUUUGCCAUUCACACUUACUGUGAUGGAUGAGCAGGGGCUACAGAGAGACAUGCAGACCGGCAUCAAACAGCAGCAGGGAGCGGCAGUCAAUGACAGAGAAGGCUCCCUAGUAUGGAGCAGGCGCUACAGCCCCACCGAGAGAGAGAGAAAAACUCUGACCAAGAGGGAAAUCAGUGCUUACUCCCUGAGGGCCGUUGUCAACAGAGCCACGGCCUAACGGCAUGACAAGGCUUUGAUAAGCAUAGCAUCCAAUGGAGCCCUGUGAGCACACAGAUGCGGAAGACAUCUUUACCCUCCUGAGAUUAAUAUGUGACACAGUUUUCAUUGGUGAAAUAUACUCUCUGUCUCCACGGUUCAAACAGAGUGUGGAGAUGCGUGUGCUGAUUGUGAGAUGAGUGUCUUCCACGCAUCAUGUUUGAAUGGCUCGCCUGAUUAUUGUUUUGAUGAGUUGCGAAAACAAGCCCCUAAUUUGAUGGUAAAUACGUAUUCAAUAUGAUCUUUCUUUGAGCAUUUCCUGCAAGGUUGUGUUGUGUUUGUUGUUUUCCAGGGGAAUUUAAGACACAUACCCCCUUAUAAACUAAAAACUCUACCAAACGCAAAGGUUCUUUAGGCUGGAUUUUUAUUUAUUUUUACAGAAAGUCAUGAAGGGGAAUGGUUAAUCAAAUUAACCCCUCUCAAAGCUUUUCAUGCCCUAUUCAUUUGAAAAUGUUUUACAAGGACCAUCUUUUCUCAUUUUGUACUUGUCAUUUAGUGAUGCUUAUCUUUGCAUUCAUAUUUAAUAGGAGAGGCGCAGCAGUUGAAGCAGCUGCAGAGAGUGGUAUCUUUUGACGUGAAAAUAUCUGCAUUUUCCUCUUUUUAAUUAACUGUUGGAUAUUCUGGAAGGGGCCCCAUUUUAGAAGUAUCAUCUGUGGUUGAGCA